AUGGACCCCACCACGUGGCACUCCGGCCACGUGACUCUAGCCGACAAGAAGCACGCGCUUUGCGCGCUACAGGAAACGAUCCGGUUCUGCCGAACGCCUGAGGCCCUCACCCACUCGACAUCCCGCCUGGUGGCCUGUUUUUCCUCGGACCCGCAAGUGAUCCAACAGUGCUGCGAUCUGCUGGCAAAACUGAUGACCAAAGACGGCUUUACGGUGGGGCUGGCCAGCGAAGCGCUGGGACGGUUUUUGCAAUAUUUGCCGUUGUUUUUCAUGUGUGAAGGAAAUGGCGGGGCUAAGGAAAGGAUGGUUGUUGGUUUAGCAAAGCUGAUUCAAAGUCUACCAAACCGUUCUGACCACAUGGUUUCGAAGGACAUGAAGAAGAUGAUCGCUACCAGUUACAGCUGGCUUCGCAAUAGAACCAGCUCGUACACCGAUGUUCUCGACCUGUCUCGCUUCGCCGAUUGUCUACUCGAGACCUACCUGGGCGUCAACCCGAUGCCCAAACAGUACUGGAUCGAACUGCAGCUGGAGUUGAUCUACGGUACGAUCUUCGAUCGUCUUCUACCCGAUAGCCGUCCCGUCAUCGUCGAAUUCUUUCUGACCGUUUUGUACGGAUUCUUGCGACGCGAGUUGGACCUCGAUGUGAAGCUUGCCAUUCUACGGGUUUUGCUGCAACGUGGAGAAGGACUUCACGGAACACUGACCACGUUCUACCGGAAGACUGCUGGCAGUGGCGAUCUUCAAUUUUCUCGAUUCAAGGUGAUCGUGACUGAAAUUUUAACCCAUCUGGUUUGGCGUUACGAGCAAGGUUCUUCGAACGAGCAAUUUCUAGAUUUGAAAUCGAAGCUCGACAAAAUCGUGCAGGACGUCGAUUGGUCGGAGUUGAUUGCCGGGAAGUACCGAAUCUGCCAGCUUCCGGUGGCCAAGCUCACCAAAGCGAAUCUCUGGAUCAUCAUGCUGGUACAGUACUUCGAAGCGGAACUGGCGGAAGAUCGAAUGGGAACGGAAGAAACGUUCGACUAUGUGACCAACCUGGGCACACUGGUGAGCGUUUGCUUCCUGAAGCAGUUCCAGUUGCCGGCGUUUUUGAUCAAAUUUGUGCUGGAGGCUGUUGCGAAAUGCCACAACCACACCCUGUACAAGAACAACGAACUGGUGUACAACAAUCAGUUGCGCCAGCUGGUCCCAUCGACCAAUUUCAAAGCCGUUUUGGACUCCUCCCGACCAGCAUUCCCCGACUUCGCUGGUUCCACCAACAGGCCAUCUUCCCGUACAAGACGGAAUUCCAACGUCACCAACGCUUCGAAGCGCUCCAGGAACGGCUCCUCCCGGAAUAUCUGCUAACCCCACAAAUCUUGACCUUCUUCCCCGAAGCUUACCUCAUGAAAACCCUCCUGUCGCGUGACAUCGACCUCAUGGUGCUCACGAACGCUUGCCUCAUCCUGUCACGUGUCCAGCUAUCCGAAACCCACCUCGUCAAGCUCGUAACCUCGAAACUAACCCGCAAGAAUCGAGGACUCCG